CAAUGAUGCCGCAAAACUAUAGCGCGGGGUUAGUCCCCAGAUGGACCACAAUCUUAAAUUUCGGAUGUGCACUAACCUCAAGUUGCAAAUCUUGAUUUUCGCAUAACUGUACAGUGUCGAUAGAAGAGGGGGGAUGACAGCUGCCUCCCUGGCCCCGCUCAGGUGCUCUUGCAGGUACCUAUGAAUUUUCAACCAAAUAAAAAGUGGUCCUGCAACUUUAGGGGUUUUGGGAGUAUUACGGACAUUAGAGUAUUACUAGACUUGACUACGGUUUAGACGCUAGUGUAGUGCUGAGCUCCGUGUGACCGGCUUGGUGCGCCUAUGGAGAUGAUGUCUAAAUACUUUUCUGUUUUGUACAACUAAUUGUUUUCCGUUUUUCGGGUUUUUCGUUUUGUUUCGUCUGUUGAUUUUCAGUGAAUAUUGUUUACGAUGGUAGAUACACAACAUUUUUGUCUACGUUGGAACAACUAUCAGAGCAGUAUAACAUCGGCGUUCGAAAACCUCCGUGACGAUGAGGAUUUUGUAGAUGUUACGUUGGCAUGCGAUGGCAAGAGUUUGAAGGCUCAUCGGGUGGUUCUGUCAGCGUGUAGUCCAUAUUUUAGAGAAUUAUUAAAGAGUACACCGUGUAAGCAUCCGGUAAUAGUCCUUCAAGAUGUUGCAUGGACGGAUCUCCACGCCUUGGUCGAAUUUAUAUAUCAUGGAGAAGUCAAUGUCCAUCAACGUUCGUUGUCAUCAUUCCUCAAAACUGCCGAAGUUCUCAGGGUUAGCGGCCUCACCCAGCAGCACGGUGAUGGCCGGGAUCAGUUGGCACAAGUACAAAGUAUGGUUAGAGGGCACCAGCAUCAAUCAACACCUAUCUCCAAUCACCAUCCAUCGUUUACAGACAAGCUAGUAGAAGAGAGUUUAUUCACAUCACCUUCCUCCCCGCCACAUGGUGCCACCGUUAAUCAGUUGCUCAGGAGAGCGGCAAUGCAAUAUAGGAGAGAAAGGAGGAUAUCUUUAGAUCCCGAAGGUGAACACAAACGAGCGAGAUCAGACCACAUUAUCGGCAAUAACAAUAAUAAUAAUAACGAAUUAAACCUAUCGACGACGCAUUCGCAUCCCCCUCCCCAGACGCAACCUGCAGAUUUUUCACCUAGCGCUAUGAAGAACAACGUGCUCAACCUUAAUCUUAAUUCAAUAAAAAACGAUAUAGAAGGUAACGGAAUAAGCAGUACAGACCGAGAGGCAUCGCCGUGCUCACCGUCCCCCACCCUCCUCCAUUCCCGCAUGAACAACAACGACAACGACAACAACAACAUCAAAAACGAGCCCAUGGAACUCCUUUGUACCACCAACCAAGAGGAUAACAGCAACGACUCCACCGACGUUACCAACGAUAACGGAGGCAUCGGAGGUCCUCAUGGCGGGCCGCAUUCGGGCAGCUCGGGGGGCGGUGGGGACCAUGACGACCACGAUAGCGCCAUUAGUCCUUAUUUAACGCCGACGGAGAGCAAAUUAUUUGCCACGGCGGCGGGAAGUUUUAAUUUUAGUAUGGCUGCGUUGGCGGGAGAUCCGUCUAUGCUUGGAGGGUUAAAUCAGUCUCUACAGGGAAACGACAGCUUGGCGGGCACUUCACAAGGGCCGGUGCGGAUGCCGCCCCCCACCUCCGGAGGCAUCAACGAACCCCAGGAGUGCCCUUACUGUCGGCGCACUUUCAGCUGCUACUACUCGCUCAAGAGGCACUUUCAGGAUAAGCACGAACAAUCGGACACCUUGUACCUCUGUGAGUUCUGCCAUCGACGAUAUCGCACCAAGAACUCGCUCACCACCCACAAGAGUCUUCAACACCGCGGUUCAAGCGGAAUGCUCAAACGAUUGCUCAAGACCACGGCCAUCAAGAGCGUCCUCAGUGCCAGUGCUGCGACAGCAACAUCACCGCCCAUUCUCCAACAGCAGCAACCGCCUCCGCGCCUCCAGUGAGCCAUUGCUCUGGUAACGGCCUAAAAAGCUAUUUGAACCGAAAGUACAAAUCCCCACAGAGCCCUAUGUAGUUUUUAUAUGUCUAUAUUUACUACUUACAUGCAUCUUGGCAGGCAGCCAUAAAUCAACCCCCCAAGAAAAGAAGUAACCCAACCCGAUGACAUAUCUUCAUCAUAUCACCCUCUAAUGCAUCACGUUUAAUGUGCUGUAUAUCGUGAUCUACCCAUAAAUAUGAGACAUUUUCCCAGUGUUACUGUGAUUCAGUUCAGAUUUUAUUCCCUACUUUUUAGACAAAGAACUACCAAUGAAAUGGAAAACUUUAAAAUUGAUAAAACCUUUAUAAAUUGUAUCCAAAUUCCUUGCUCUUAAAUGAAAAGAACAUAAGUCAAUUAAAUAAAAAUCAAUUUGUAUUUCAUUUAAGACUAAGUAUCAAAUUGAAUAAAGAAUAUAGGAUUGCCAACCAAUUGAUUACUUAAAAAACUAGUAUUUUUUUGUUAACUUUGAGAUAUUUCUUCUUAAAAUAUCAUUUUUGAAUGAGACCUAGUAUAAUUUUUUUAAUGUCAUCAGUAAAAACUCAUGAUGUUUAUUAAAAGUGUGCUGAAAGGGUGCAGACGUGCACACUUACAGCACACUGUAAGAAGUGUAUAGUAAGAGGACAUUUUUUGUGCUUAGACUUUCAGCUUAAUUUUCAAUCACAUUUCUUAUAUAAAGAAAUAUUUUCACUAUAGAAUUGUUAACAACUCAAACCAACAUAUUUUUAUAAUAGUAUUGAAACAUAUACCUCAGAACAAAUUAAUAAAAAAAAGUUAACCUAUUAUAGUAUUAUAGGGCAUUCCAACAGACUGUCAAAAUUAAAUCAAUAUGGCGCCUGAGAGGGAAACAUAAAUGUUAUUCCGUUAGUUCUUAAUAUGUUUUAUAUCAUUUUAGUUACGCUUCUUUGUAAUUUUGUUUUGUAGAAGGAUUAAUUUAACAUUUUCACUAGAAGAAUUAAUUUAAAAAGAUAAUAUGCCUCAUUUCUGUUGUGUAUUGAAGUGUGGAAUGCGAAGUAAUCAUGACAAAGUUCAGUUUUAGCGGUUACCAUCAGUGCUACAUUUUAAGCAUAAAACUGAACUACAUAAGUUAUCAUCUGAGAGACAAAAACAAUGGUUAAAUGCUAUAAAUUGUCCUAUAAAAAUGCUAAAUAACUAUGUCCGUGUUACUUACGAUUGGAAAACGUUCUCCGCUGUAGGUUAAUUCAGACUCCUUGAGAGAAAAUGAAUAUAUAUUAUAUAUUUUGCCAAUCUUUUGCUUGUACCUACUAGCAACAUCUGUAAAUUGUCUAACAACUUUUAAAAAUAUGCACUCAUGUUUAUUUAUUCACGGCUUAAAAAUAAAUAGUCGUUCAAGUAGGUCCUUCUACAAUUAAAAACUACACAAAUUCAACAACAAAAUGUUCGAAAACUACAACUAAAAAACUAUUAAAGGCAAAAAACUUAAGAAACACAAUGUGGUACAAAAUUAAACAUAAGAUGUUUGACAGUUUUACUCCCAGCGGUGUGAUAAACGUGGAAUAUAAACGUGGUAUAGAUAUGUUAUUUAAGCAAAAAUUAGAGGUUAUGUUAGGUUAGAAAAUAAUUGUGAUCAACAAGUAUAAAAAAAAAGAACCUAUUUCCACAUUUCAAAUCAUUUAAGAUUGCUCAAUGUAGUGUUUUAAAGACUAUAUCAAUAAUUAUUUAUCUAUAAACAAGGCACAAAAUACAAAAAUUAGAGAUGUCAGUAUGUUACAUUGAAAAUGAUGAUCUAUAUAUUUACGGGUAUACUAUAAUUUGAUUGACAAAGAGUUCAUUUUUUAGGGUUUAAGGAUUGUUGAUACAUUUCUAACAAAAUUUAUUCAUUGGUAGUUCUCAAAAAACGACGAAUCCUAUCGUCUCUAACCCCCUGACAUCCAAAUAUUUAUCACAUUUUGCGGAUAAAGUCAAACGAUUAGACCAAAUUAAGAUAAAAUUAUUGAAUAAUUAUAAAUAAUAUAAGAAAUCGAUUUUAUAAAUUGAAUGUUGAUCUAGUUUAAGACGUGGAUGUUCGAUUGCUCUAAUUGGUCGUGUAUAAGACUGGAAGUAAAUUGUUUAUCUAGCUAUUUAAUAGAAUUACCUGUUCAGUCUCAAGUAAAAAUUUAAGAAAAAACUAUCAAAAAUGUGAUAAAUGUUUAGAUUAUAUUUGCUCAUGUGAUUUUUAUUAAAAUUUCGUAGAACAAGAUUCUGCGAAAUAAAUCUUAGAUGUUAUUCUAUGUAUUUAUGUUAUUUAAACUUGGCUAGGUUUAAAAUCAAGGAUUAAGUAAUACCAGUCGAAUCAGAAAGAUAUCUUAAAUUGAAUAACUGCAAAUACUGGAUAUGAUACAACAAGCAAUUAAAAAUAUUGUGUUUUGACUCAUGUAUAUUUAAAGUUUAUUUAAUUUUGUAAGCGUUCUGUUGAUAGAUUUUUGAACAAUGUACAAAUAAGUUAAAAUCACAAAUUUUCAACAUCACGUUACGAUUAGACAAUUAAAUAAAGCUAUUUUUAUAUUACCUGAUUUGGUAUUUUGUGGUGUGAUAUCUUUCUUGGCUAUUCGGAUUCGACUGUUGUUGCCUGUCCUAAAAACAGCUAGGCAGGUGUUGCUGUGAAGGUUUUUCAGACUUACAUAUCUCUCCAGGGUUCAAUGUAAAUAAUGAUGUGCCAAUUUUUUGCAUUUGUUCAUUAUUAAUUAAUGAAAUUAGGUUGGUAGGCCAAGCAAUGAGUAUUUUAAAAAUUUAAAGUAAGUUCGUGCAAAAUUGUUGUGACGAUAUUGGGCUAAAUAUGCAAAGAAGCUAGUAGAUAUUCCUAUACGAUAUUUAUGUUUUUUAUCUGGCGUCCAAGUUUCUAUUAAAUGAAAGGAAAUGUAAAAACAGAUUACGAGUCAAUUGAUCUAGCGAUAUAAAUUUAUCAGUAUAAUACUUGUGGACCGUCGGAUUCCAAUACGAAGUUCAACCACGGUUCAAAUCUGAACCAUAUUUCUGCAAGUUUUCCAAGGUAAAACUUUUCGUUUUCAUGACUUGCCGGAAUGCCUUUUUUUGCAGGUUUCUCAUCGUGAAAACUAACAAACUUUCCAGUGGCAUGAGGAAAAAAAACCACUGACACUGACCUAUUAAAAUUACAUGUUUAGGUCAUAAUUAACACCUUCGGGCACCAAAAUUAAAAAAAAAAAUAGAAUUCAUACUCCUCUGUUGAUUCGUAAAAAUGACAUAAGGGAGGAAAUAUUCGCAGCACAUGCGACUUUCUUUAAAAAAAAUUCAAUUUUCCUAAGAAAAUUCCCUAGGAAACCUUACUGUUUUCAUAUAAUUUAGUCUACUUGAUUUUAUCUUUUCGGUACUUCAGUACUUUUAGUACUACAAUACUACUUCAGAAGGAGAAGAUGCCUUUCAGAAGGCAUCUUCUCCUUCUUACGGCGUCUAUCCGUUCUGGAUGUUGGCGAUCAGCAUGGCUGUCCCAACCUUGCUUGCAGCUAUUCGGAAUAGUCCAGUUGUAGACUUAUUGAACCACUUUCUCAGGUUUUGAAGUCAAAAUAUUCUUCUUCUCCCUGGUUCUCUCUUUCCAAAUGCCUUGACCUUAAGAAUCAGUAUGUUAACAAGAAUAAUAACCAACCUCAUAACACAAAAACUUGAUUUAUGUCAACCGGUUAAACAGGCAGGAUUUAGAAAACGGUUUGGUACUAAUGAUCACUUACAAACCAUCAGAACGCUGAUAGAAAAAACCACAGAAUUAUAUCUCAAAGGCAUAUGACAUUUAUUGACUUUCACAAGGCUUUCGAUAGUAUUGAAGCUUCGUCCUUUUUGUCAGCCCUGAGGGAUGCUCGAUAGACUCACAGUACACUACACUAAUUAAAAACAGUUAUGAACAGGCCACAUUCCACAUCAAAAUAAAUGAAGACGAAAAAACUGAAAAAAUGCGCCUUGGUAAAUAUAUUAGACAAGGUGAUACUAUUUCACCAAAGCUUUUUACCUUAGCAUUUAAAAAUGUAUUCAAACAGCUUGACUGGGAGGAAAAAGGUCUAAACAUUGAUAGUGUAUGUUUGAGUCAUUUGAGGUUUGUGGAUGACAUAGUAUUAUUUAGUACAGAUAUCAAGGAACUGGAGCAAAUGUUGAAGGAAUUAAACCAGUAGUCAAAUAAUGUAGGUCUCAAAAUGAACCUUCAGAAAAAAAAAAUAAUGAGUAAUUUAACUAAUCUUGUUAUUUUGAAAAUUUAGACCACUAUAUAUAUCUUGACAUACCAUUAAAAUCGGCAAAGAAAACCAAAUAGCCGAAAUAAAAAGACGCAUACAAUUGUCUUGAGUAGCUUUCGGCAAGUUAAGCUUUAUUUUGAAGAAUAAAGAUAUACCAACGUGUCUAAAACGUAGAGUUUAUGACAAAUGUAUCUUGCCUGUAACUACAUAUUGACUGGAGACCAUGGACUUUACAAAGAAAAUCUUAGAGCAGCUCAGUACAACCCAAAAAGUGAUGGAGAGGGCCAUGCUAGGGAUUAGUUUGAGAAACAGGAUUCGAAAUAUUGACAUUCUUGAAAGAACAAAGACUACUGAUGUAAUCGACGAAAAGUAGAAAUCGAGAGAAGCCAAUGGAAGAGGCCUAUGUCCAGCAGUGGACGAACAUAGGUUGAAGAAGAAAGAAUGAGUUGCAAAAAAGCCAUAUCUCUAUUCAUAUCUCAUAACACAGCCAGCUAUUCUAAUUGGCGCUCUUUGAUUGUUUUAUAAUCUGCUCGGAUUCCUUGCUCAUUCUACACAGGACUUCAACAUAGCAUCUGAUGAUAGAUAUUUUUGUACCAAGUGGUAAAUCGUGACUUCUUAAAGGAGACUUCAUCGUUACGAAUGGUGAUCUUGCUUUUCCUAUGCGUUGUUUUAUUUCAGUAGAGUGGUCCCAUGUUGGAACCAAGGUACGUGAAGCUGUUCACCCUGUCAGUUAUAUCUACGGUGACCAUAUCUUUUUAAAGAAAAAAAAGUACAAAAAACAAAAACGUAUUAAAAACGCAAAAUGUAUCUUGUUAUUGGACAAAUAUAACUUUUUGGCUUUUUGGCAUUAAAAAUAAAUAAACUAUGUAGCUAACCAUAAAAAAUUAUAUCAAUUAAACUAAACAUAACACAUUAUAUUAACUUUGAAAAAGUUACAAGCCUGUAAUUAAGAGUUUUUAGAUGAGGGACCUGGAAUAGCCUCAUCUUCUUCCGGUUUUCUGCAUCAUUCAUAUUUUUCUGAACUUAAAAUUAAUUUAAGAAGGUCCGGCUUCGACUGAAGUAAAUGAAACAUUUCAUACAAGUCUCAUCAAAAUUUGCGUACACCAGCAUCGCUGCCUUGAGAGUGGAUAUGGACAUUUGUGACUUUUCCGACGUCCAAUAAUUAUUUAUUACAGAAAAUAAACGCACGAUAGCCGCACCAGUACCCGGAAGACAAAAAAUAAAUUCGCAUUCUCAUAAUAUUUGUAAGUUUUUCAGUUUGAAUUGAUCUACACCAUGGACGUAUAAAUAAAGAUUUUUAAUUAUAAAAAUCUUUAUUUAUACGUCCAUGAUCCACACACUUAAAACCUUGAAGCCAUCGAUCCUGACUAUUUUCUUCCCUGUUCCACUCAGCAAUUUUUUCACUUGUAGGCACGUCUUUCAAAAUUCCCAGUUCGUCAAAGAGUUGAUCUUCAUUUAACAUGGUUGCCUUGAUACCUAUACAAUUUAAAAGCUUCGAGAGAAUAACAAACAUCGUUCCAUGUUAUUUCACUUCUUAGAUCUAUCCUUUUGAAUACUUUAAAUUCAUGAACAUUUGUACUCCAGUUUUCUAGGUAGGUUACACAUUUUGUGUAAAAAUGUUUAACUUGUGCAGUGAAGUCUUGUGCACGACCACUGCACCAUAAGCCUGAUGUCUCACACACUUAAAAUGUUUUUAAAGAUCAUUCAUAAACGCAUUUACCAAACACUUGAUAUGGAUAUUGAAGAAACCCAAUUUGGAUUCCGUAGAGGCGUAGGUACCCGUGAAGCUCUGUUUGCAUUCAACGUACUAAUCCAGAGAUGCUUGGAUGUGAACCAGGAUAUGUACGUCUGUUUCAUAGAUUACGAUAGGCUUUCGAUAAAGUCCGCCACAAAGAGCUAAUGGACGUCCUUAAAGCAAAACAAUUGCAAUACAAUGACUUUUGAAUUAUAACAAAUCUAUAUUAAGUAUAAACAGCAGGCACACAUACGCAUUAACGAACACACAUCAGAAGAGUUCGAAAUUAAAAGAGGAGUGCGACAGGGGUGUGUAUUAUUGUCACUACUACUAUUCAGUGCAUACUCUGAAGAAAUUAUGAAAAAGCUCUUGAGGGAGGAACAGCAGGAAUAAAGGUAAAUGGAACGCCAACUAACAACAUUAGAUAUGCGGACGAUACUAUCAUAAUAGCGGACAACCUCCAAAAGCUAAUGAAUAAGAUAGUUGAGUAUGGAGAAGAAUAUGGAUUAUCAGUAAACAUCAAGAAAACUAAAUUUAUGAGGAUAUCAAAAACCCAAAGUAAUGAUAAAAGCAUGACAAUUAAAGGUAAAACUUUAGAACAAGUUGAAAACUACAACUAUCUUGGUACAAUAAUUAAUCACACAAACGAUUACUCCAAAGAAAACAAAGUUCGAAUAGAGAAGACAAGAACAAACUUUAAUAAAAUGAGAAAGGUAGUUUGUGCAAGAGAACUGAAAUAAUUAAGUAGGUCAAAACGGCAAUUGAAACGGCAAUAUUUUUUCCAAUUGAAAUAAUUAAGACUGGAGAGUUAGGCUGGCAAGGUGUUAUAUUUUCUCGACUCUGCUUUACGAGAUAGAAGCAUGGUCAAUUAACGCGUCGACUACUAAAAAUUUGGAAGCAUUUGAACUGUGGGUGAAGGCACCUGAAGAUAGCAUGGACCGAGCCUAUAAAAAACAACGAAGUCAUGAGAAGAGUCAACAAAAGAAUGGAAAUAUUGGAAACCAUCAAGACACAAAAGCUGCAAUACAUGGAGCAGUAUACAAAGAAAUUUGUUUAAAAGUAGUAAAAGAUAAAAAAUAUUCAUUUUUUAGAAAAAAUAAGUACAUUUGCGUGUCCUUAGAAAGGUUUUAAAGUACAUUAGGACAAUAUUUAAAAAUAAGUACUGUCCUACUUAAAUAAGUACAUAUGGUCACCGUAGUUAUAUCUCAUAUAAGGCAUAAGGGAUGAAUUCGUGGGAAAUCUGACGGUCUGUAGGAUUUUUUAAAAUAAUUCAUCCUUUCAAUAACCAUCUUGUGUGCUGCAAUAUUCUUGUGAACUGCUGGUAUUGUCGAAAUGGAUCCUUACUAAAUGAAUAUAGAGAAAAAAUAUUGUAAUAAAUCAACAUCGAGGAAGCCGAUUUGGCUAUUCCAGGUAGACAAAUUAAUGUAAACAUCGUAAAAUUAAUAAUUUGGUUAAUUAUAUUUUACAUUUAAGUCAUUGUAAAUUGUAUCGAUGAGAAGAACAACAUUUUGGGUUGGGUUUUUUUGUUGAGUUGCUUAUUGCCCAUUUUAAUACAGUAUCGGCACAAGGAGGCUUUACGAAUUUACGUUCUAGUAUACGUGCUUGGUCUAUAGUUAGUUUGUAUGCUAGUUCAAGAAUCGCUCGAUGUAAUAGCCGUUGCACGUUGAACGUCGGAAAAAUUUAUUUAAAAAAAUGGCGUUCGGUUCGUGAUUUUUUUUCUUUUUUGUUAAAAAUUCUAUUUUUGGUAUUUGAUAGUAUUUAUUUGUUGUUAUUUGUUGACUAAAUUUAUGUUUUCUGUGAUGUUUAGGUUAGAGAACGGCUAAUAUACCGAGCGAUGACUUGAACUCCUUAAAAAAUAAUUCCUUUUGAUCUGAAAAGGCACGGUUACUAUUUUGACAACCGUUAGCAUUAGGGUGGUCCAAACCAUGUUAAAAUUUUUAUGUUUUUCCGCUUUAUUUGAAUGAAGAAAUUUAUUUUAUGUCCAAAAAUAUGUUCAUUAUUCUAUUAUUUGAGUCGGUUCAUACUUUGCAAUCCUCUAGGUCAUUUUUCUUCUGCUUAAGAUGUGUAUUGUUUACAUUAGAGUUCAAAUGCCACAAUGUUAUCAAAAGGACUGUCCCAUUUCAAAUUAUAUCAUUAUCACCACCGUUGCAGAAUAGCCUUCAUAGAGUUUUAAUUUGGUACAAGAUGUUUACACAACAUAGGUCGGUUUUAAUACUUUCAUUUUGGAACAAUGAUUUUCCUUUUAUUCUUAUAGAUCUACCUCUCUUCUAAGUAUUUGAAGGAAUUAUACAAAAUGUCUCAAAAGUAAAAUCCUUCAGUAAAAUCCACAAGGAAAAGAAAGAUUCUUCCUGUAGCUGUAGCUUUAAGGGCUACAUAACAGAACGUUAUCGAUAUUUAAAUAUAUCAUCAUCAGUGUUUAGAACUGGUUGAAAAAAUUGGUUAUCUUAGCAUAUUUGCUUAAAAUUCCAAGGGAUGGAUAACAUUUAUAAAGAAUUAGGCCCUUGGGCACAGCAUGAGUCUCCUAUCACGUGGGUUACUAAACGGUUAGAUACCCUCACGUGAUGGGGAGUCAUGAUGUGCCCAAGGGCCUAAUUAUUUAUAAAUGUUAUCCAUCCUAUGAAGGAAAGGGUUCAUACCCUGGUAUUUCUGUGGUGUCUGAGCUUGUGAUCAACAGUUCUAAACACUGAUAAUGAUAUUUUUAAAUAUCGAAAACUUCUGUGAUGUAGCCCUUAAAGGGAUUUUAAUAAAAAUUGUAUAUCUUUUACAAAGGAUUUUUCAUUAAAAACAGCUUCAGUAAGUUUCAGGAGUACCUAAAUGAUGAAUUUUAACAGAUAUUUCAUUGUUAUUUAAUAUAGACAUAACUAUACCUACAUUUUCUGGCAGGUUUAAAACCUGUUUUAUAAUAUACUGAUCAAUAUUUUAAGAGCAUACAGGUCAAUAUAUCUUCUUUGCUUAUUCCUUAAAAUAGGGUCGAUGUACUAUGAAUUUAUUGAUUAGGGUCUAUUAUUGCUAUCAUAUAAGCUUCCAAGCAACCCAAGACAAAGAAGAAUAAAAAACGAUGAUACUCUUUCGAGAGUCAUAGAGUUAAUCAUAUACUGCCUUAAAGUCAAGCAAUAGAUUACAACUGCAAAGAUAAUAAAUUUUUUUUCAAAAUUUACUCUUACUUGAUUGCCCAUUAUAAUUUUGCUGGACUAUAGGGAGAGCAUUGCAUCUUGAAGAUCAAAUUUUUUAAUCAAUAAAUGUAUUUGAUUUAAUAUUUCUAUAAAGAUCAUUUUAAGAGAUUACGUGAAAGAACGAAACAUGAAAUGUCUAACUCUUACUAAAGAUAACUUAGUGAAAAGUGCUCAUUGAAGUGAAAGGUUAGGUGAAUUCAAGAAGACGUUUAAGAAAAUAUUAAUUAUUUACUUCCUCUGUCCAUUCGUUCAGUUAAUUUCUCAUUAUGUCGUAAAAAUCUUAGUUAAAAUCAAAUAAAUUAGUUAUCAAGCUUUCUAAAUUGUUUUAGUUAACUUCUCCUAACGUAGUCUACCUCGAGAACAAAGAGGAUAUUUUUGAAAUAACACCUAAAAUUUCUUCUCUCGGGUAUAAUAGUUUCUCUAUCAUAAUAUUAAAGAGCACACCCUGUUUGUUUUUGGACUUUAGUAUGAUUCUUUAUUAUAGUGGCGGCGAACGUUUUUCAAAAUUUCUUUUACUUUAAAAUGUAGUUACAGUUUUCAUAUGGACCACCUUAGUUAGCAUACAUUUUGACUGUAUAUUUAGUGCUGUGACUCCUCAAAACAUUUUGUCUGAUUAGGUUUAAAAUUAUUUAUUUGUUUAGUUUUUGUGAUACGGUCGAACCAAAGACAUUUCAUUGGAAAAUUUGUUUCUAAAAGAUUCAAAAAUAUUUUUUUAAACGUGCCAUUUAAAGUAAAUGAACAUUGACAUACAGUGUCGGGUUGUUGAUGGAAUUUCGUAUCUUUGAUGGUUAUUUUUUUCGAAGAAAUGUUUACAUUUAAUUUAGACUUGUACCUGCAGUGUUGAUAUUUGCAUUCGGAGCAGUUGGCUCUGGCUUUAAAACGGUGUUAUCAAUAGGGCGCAGUUUUCUAUCCUUUAUAAUAUAUCCUACUGACUGCGCCAAUAGGAAAAAAUUUAUUAAAAUAUUUUUUGAAAGUACAUAAUUUCAAAUGUCAGCACUAGUCAGUACUUUAAUUUUAUAUUAUUUUAGGUAACGAACAAAAAUAGUGUAAUAUUUUGUUUUAGCGGGGUGUUUCCUAUAUAAUAUUUGAACAUAUAUGUAAUCUAAAAUAUCAGUUAUAUUCCUAAGGACUCAAAAUUUUCAACCAAGAACUAUGAGGUUUUUAUAUAUUUUGACACAAACUGUAAAACAAAAAUUUUAAAUAAUUGGAAAUAUCACAGUCUACAGUGAUUUUAAGUCGCGAAAUUUUUACACUCCAAAAUAACUUAUUUCGCUUAUUCAUUUUUUGAAAUUUCGCAAAAAACAUGACUACCCUUGUUCCGGGUGGUGACACUAUUUUUUCCUUCAGAUUUAAAUAUUUAAAAACAAAAAAAAAUUGGCCCUAAGAGUGUGCCCUCAAAUUUCAAAAACAAUAUUUUUAGCAUAAAAAAGGUAUAUUUUCUGUGGAAUUCGACAUAAUAUACAAUAUGUUCCUUUGUCAACCAUUAAACCUUUCGAGAAAAUCCCCUUGUUAUACACUACAAAAUUCUUUCAUCUCCUUUCCGUGCUCCUUUUUUUACGUUUUCUGUAUCGUUAGUUUAGACAUACAUAUAUUCUUAUUCUAUUUUGUUAAAAUUUAUUGCAUAUUAUAUUUUGUCAGGUUAUUGAAUUUUUGAUUACCCUUAUAAGAAUUAUUAAUGUCUUUUCAGUAUUGUAUAACUAAUUAUGUCGAAAGGAUCUGUUCACUGUUUUAGUACUUUGUUUUAAUUCUAGACUUUUGUUGUAGCGUACCCUUGGUAUAACUUGAAAAAGUACUGAACAAAAGUUUUAUUCUGCUUUGCCAUUUUUUUAAAAUUGGUGACGUGUAUGUUUAUAAGGUUGAGGUUAGGAAAUACUCCGUAUGAAACUGAAUGUACCAUAUACUUUUAGUUUUUUAAUAUGUAGGUAAUAUUUUUUUCUGGGAAAAAAUAACUGGCUGGAUGUUUUUAUUCCAUUGUAAAUAUUUUUUGUUAUAUACAUGUAGUAAAUAGACGUAAGUUUUUAGUUAAUAUUAUUUGUUAGAAAAACAAAUUUGCAUAUCUAUAUUCAUGCCAACAUACAUUUUUUGGGUAAUUUUCGAAAAUAAAUUAUAUAUAUAUUGAAUAAAUUGAACAGUAUUAAAAUUUGUACCUAAAGGUAGCAAUUUUAGAUAUUUUAUAAAAAAAAUAUAUACAUAUAUUUAAAUUUUAUCUUUUUAAUAAGAAAAUAUUUGGACCGAACAUUAUGGUUUAUGAUAUAGCGAGAAUUUGAAAUUAUUGAAGUUGGCGACUUGAGUAUGUAUUGUGAAGGCUGCAAAUUGUUAAAUUUUCUUUAUUUAUUUAAGUGACUGCAAUUUUCAGGAAAAACCACGUAGUCUCCAGCAUAAGGUAAGCAAUAGAAAGUAAGAGAUGACUAUAAAAUUACUGUAUCUGUCAACCACUAUAAUUGUUUAUCACAAUUCAAUUUAAAACAUUUAAAAGUUUGUAUGUAAAAAUGUUCAACAAACACAGUGAGAAUAAAAUUAUUUAUAUUAGAUACGUUACAGAAUGUUAAUUUCUCAUGACUCUACAUAACUUAAUCAUAAUUUAUUAUAAGUUUAUAACUGGGAAUUUAUUUAACUGAUUAUAAUUCGUAAACUAACAAAUAUAUGUACAUUACUUUUACAAAAUACAAUUUGUUCCAAAAGAAACUACAGGAUGAUGUUUAGCAAACCUUGAUUUAAUAAUUGGAGAUAUUGCAAAAUUUAAUACAAAAACAUUCAAAAAUUACGGCCGUAAAAUAUCUGUAUCAUAGCUCAAAUUAAAGGAAAACAGCUUUAAAACUAAACCUUAACUAUAAUCGAAAUACUAUUUAUAACAAAGUGAUAACAA